AUGCAAAACUUACAGAUUGCCAUUAUUGGAGCGGGCCCAGCUGGCUGCGCCCUCGCCCGGCUUCUCCAUCUCGGAGGCAUCCAAGCCACCAUAUUCGAAGGCGAGGAUUCCGCCAGUGUCCGGUCCCAAGGCGGGACUCUGGACUUGCACACUACCUCGGGCCUAGCAGCCGUCAAAGAAGCCGGCCUAUGGGACGAGUUCCUGUCGCAUGCUCGCUACGACGGGCAAUACAUGGCCAUUACGGACAAGGACCUUCGCUACUACGUUGUCCGUGGUCUUGAUGCCGAGUCCACCGCGGCCUUUGGCGAGCGCCCAGAAAUCGACCGUGUAAAGCUCAGAGAAAUCCUGCUCGACUCUCUCCCGGCAGGUACCGUCAAAUGGGCUCAUCGUCUGCAAAAGAUAGAGGGCAACACCUUGAUCUUCACCAAUGGAACAACUGCCAGCUUCGAUCUUGUUGUUGGCGCCGACGGUGCCUUCAGCAAGGUCCGCCUGUCCAUUGCCCCUGAGCUGAAGCCAGAGUACACGAGAGUCGCCAUGCAUCACUUCAGCAUCCCCGAUGCGGAGAAGUCUGCGCCUGAAAUCUACAAGAUUGUCAACCGCGGAAGUUUAUUUGCCAGUGCCGACGGCCAGCGGUUCACUAUUCAGCAGAUGGGUGAUGGUAGCCUCAACGCGGGCUUUUCUUUUGUGCGGGAGGACGCAGAUUGGGGGAACCCCGAGAAGUGCGGUUACAACUCUCAAGACUUGGCAGAGGUGAAGAAGGCAAUGGCCAAAGAGAUGGAGCACUGGGCCCCUUGGUUUCACAAGGCCCUCGAUGCCACUCAGGGGGAGACGAGCACCAGAUCGCUGUGGCGUUUGCCCAUUGGGCAAAAGUGGCAGCACAAGUCUGGCGUCACGCUCAUUGGCGAUGCCGCGCAUCUGAUGACUCCCCAUGCGGGCGAAGGUGUUAAUCAAGCACUUGAAGACGCCAUGAUCCUCGCCCGCGUGAUUCUCAAGGCCCAGAGCAGCGAAGACCUGGACGAGCAGAUUCUACAGUUUGAGUCGGAGAUGAUUGCCCGCGUCGAAAAGAUUCAGCAGCUGGCCUGGGAUCGCUGCCAGGGCCUGAUGUUUACGCCUGGCGUGCCAAAGUCGUUCAUGGAUAAGAUGAUCCGGCAGCGGAUGAAGGAGGCCAAGGGGAUGGGGUUGGAUGCCGAGCAGAUGAAGGCGAUGGAUGCCGCGGUGGCCAAGGCACAGGCUCAAGCAGACGCUCUGAACAAGGUGUAA